AGCAGAGACCAGCCGCAUGCGACUGUUCAUGGGCAAUCCGCGGACCAUCCCGCUGACGGGCAUAUGUGUAUGCAUGGUCCGUACCACACCUCAGCGCUCUGUCACCGAGGAGAACGUACACAGGGAGGUGAACUUCGUGCUGGUGAAGGCGGCAAGCGAUCCAACGACAUUGCUACGGUCGGUCCAGCGGCUCUUGAGUCGGGUGUCGCCGGCUGUGAGAGUUAACCCAUCAGAUCUGGAUACCUGCCCCGGAAGCGUCAGCGCCAGGGACCACCUCCUGGCUGGUCUCAGGUCCUUCGCUUCCUGCCUUCACGUGUCAGAAUCCAUCAUGGACGAGCGAGUGGUGUUGGCUACAUCGGAAGAAGGCGUGUGGGAGGUGGGGGUGACGGAGGCUCAGGCGGUGCUGGGCCAGCCAGAUCAGGUCUUGGCUAUAGAACGUACCGUCGUCAUCGCUCAAGCAGAUAGAGUCGGUGUUGAUAGAGAUGGAACAGCUACGUCAGGAAACAGACGAUGCUGGGCCGCAGGACGAGCUGGAGUACUGGAAGAGACGCAUGGCCAAGUUCAAGUUCCUCUCAGAACAGAUGGAGUCUCAGCAGGUGCGGGGAGCAGUGUUGGUGCUACAGCUGGCCAGGUCUAAGGUGCUCAAGACGUGGAAGGAGAUGGACGCAAGGGUGACCCACAAUCUAGCCGAGGCCAAAGACAAUGUUAAGUUUGUGUACGCCAUUGAGGAGUACUGCCACCCACUCUACCUCAAUGACCCACCUGGGAUGACACCGUAUAUCAUGAUGCUGUUCAACACAGUGAGGAUGAUUCAUUCCAUCUCCAAGUACUACAACACCUCAGACAAGCUCUCUGCCCUCCUCAUCAAGAUCACCAACCAGAUGAUACGUGCGUGUCAGGUGUACAUAUCCUGCCAGGGUCAAGAGACCAUCUGGUCACAGCCACGUAAGGAAGUGAGGGUUAAGAUACAACAUUGUCUCAAGCUUAACGCCACCUACAAGACAGCUUACCAGAAGACGAAAGAGAAGUUGGAGUCCAUGCCAGGAGAACGUCCCUUCAGUUUCAGCGAGCAGUAUGUCUUCGGCAAGUUCGAGGCGUUCUGUUGCCGCCUCAACAACAUCACCAGACUCUUCGACGAUAUUGACAAGUUCUCGGGAUUCUUCGAAGGUCGAGCUGAAUCCUUACUUCCCAUGGAAACCGCUGACCUGGUGGUGGCAGCUCCGUCCCGGGCACAGCGGCUAGGCUGCCUCCAACUUGACCAUGACAGCUGUAAGGCCGCCGCAGCCUCACACCCAGAUGGCCACAGCCUGACCGUGGCAGCUUCCCGGACCACAGCUUGGGUCCCUCUGCUUCACACUACUCGCUAA